AUGGCAACUAGCUCACAGGAGUUUUGUUUAGUCGCGUGGGGUGCGAACAGUUACGGGCAACUUGGUCAGGGACAUGAAGAGGACCAGGCAGUGCCGCAACUCUGUAACAAAGCUGCCCUCCGUAGAAAGACUGUCCGGGUUCUUUGCGGUGGCGGGGGACACACGGUGGUUGUCACCGAUGAUGGAGAGGCGUUCGCGUGUGGGCACAAUAACAGAGGCCAGCUUGGACUCGGCCACACUGCCAACUGCUCAACACUUCAGCACUUCUCAGGCCUGAAUCAGAGGGUCACGAAUGUCGCCUGUGGCUGGGAUUUUACUCUUCUCCUUACUGACUGUGGUAACCUAUUAGCGUGUGGCUCCAAUGUGUUUGGACAACUUGGUAUUGGUCAUGACACUUCACACUCUGCAAAGCUGGUGCUCAUAGAGGAUCUGAAGGAGCGUGUGAUGAAUGUAGCAGCGGGCCUCCGACACGCUCUAGCAAUCACAGAGUCAGGAUGUGUCUACCAGUGGGGCACAGGUCUCCAUAGCCAAGCUAAAAGAGCACUUAGUCCAAACCCUGUUCCAGCACACCUUAACUCCAAAGUUCCUUCUCUGGUGCCAGGUUUUACUCAAAGGAUACCUUACAUUGUUGCUGCUGGCUCAACGCAUUGUGUUUGCCUAGCAGGAGAUGGUGAUGUGUUUCUGUGGGGAAGCAACAAGCACAACCAGCUUCUAGCCACUGAGCCCUUCAGGGCCACUCCAGCUCCACUUGAGCGCUCGCUACUAUGUGGAGAGAAAGUUGUAAAUGUGUGGAGCGGUUGGACCCACGUUAUAGCCCAAACAGAAAGAGGGAGAGUGUUCACAUGGGGUAGAGGAAAUUACGGACAACUGGGCCGACUUUUGGCAGAUGGCCCAAAUUCUGAGCACCAGUCAGCAGACAAUGGGAGCAAGACUUUUCUCCCUGGCGAGGUGAAUGGCCUCUUUGGAGUAACACAGAUCGCAUGUGGAUCUGAACAUAACCUCGCCACUGUAGGGGAGCGUCUCCUUUCCUGGGGCUGGAACGAACAUGGAAUGUGCGGAGACGGCUCGCUUGCCGACGUCUUUGAGCCACGGCUCCUUCCCGGCCUCACACCUCUUGUCAUUGGCUGCGGGGCCGGACACUCUGUGGCGGUGUGUGUGGAGAAUAUGAAUCAUUUCACCUAA